AUGGCCCUUGUAGGAGACGUCAGCCACGUAGCCGGCGUAGUGGUCGGCGGUGUAGGCCACGUUCUGCGUCCUGCCGUCGGGGAGGGCCACCUGGUACGAGCCCUGAAAUGGCCGUCUUCGUUUGAGCACAGAAACAAGGAUUGCAUUUGCAUAUUAGUUGCAGUAGCAGCUGCUGUCAGUAAUGCAGAUGUUGAUGGACUCUCGAACGCGGUUUGCGGCCUUCCUCGCCACCUGCCGCCAGUCCCUCGGUCCUGCGUAAUGUAUCUCUCUGCUCCGGUGUCUCGAGAGUCCUUGGGAUACAUGAAUAUCUUCGGGGACAAGGCAAGCGCAGGGAAAGCUCGAGAUACAGAGGGUGUCUCCAGGGUAAAGACCUCUUGUUUUAGGCCAGUAGAUUACGGGAUGGCUGUGUAUCAAAAUAUUGGAAUAGAUGGGUUGUUGACUAAGGACCAUGGCAGAGAACUCUUUAACCACGUUUGUGUGGGUUUUAGUUAUGAGUCAGCUGUAGCAGAUACAAGAAAAUAUUUACUUUCGAGUGUUAACCGGAGCAUUCUCGUUAAGGCUAAACAUAUUCCUCUGAGCCAAUACCUUAGCAAGCAGGAACGGCAUUUGCUGGGACAGCUGAUUGUUCCCCUCCGCAAGUCCACGUCGGGGAGAAGGAUUAAGCUGAGACGAAGGACUCCAGACAUGCCCGGACGCCAGAGGCACGAGAAUGGGCUCCUCGCGGGGCUGGGCGGGGGCGAGUCUGACCCAGAACCAGACCUGUCGUAUGAUUUGCCAGAUUUUAUACGUUGGGGCAAAGGUUAUAUCAGGCGAGGUACCGAGAGGAGAGUCCACCACUUCAAGACGAGCAAGGGCGUGGGGUACUCGGCGCAUUUCGUGGGCAACUGCCUGGUGCUCACGUCCCUCAAGAUCAAGGGCAAAGGGUACCAGCACUGCAUCAAGUAUGAGUUCCAGCCCAGAAAGUGGUACAUGGUGGCAGUUGUGUACAUUUACAACAGAUGGAGCAAAAGCGAGAUCAAAGUCUUCGUCAACGGCCAACUCGCCUCCGCUACCGAGAUGACCUGGCUUGUCUCUACCAAUGACACAUGGGACAAGUGCUACAUCGGCGCCACGCCCGAACUCGACGAAGAGCGGGUGUUCUGUGGCCAAAUGAGCGCCGUUUACCUGUUUGCCGAAGCGCUCACCGCCCACCAGGUGUGCGCCAUGCAUCGACUAGGACCAGGAUACAAAAGUCAGUUCCGGUUCGACAAUGAGAGUUAUCUUCAGCUGCCGGAGAACCACAGACGGGUGUUGUAUGAUGGCAAAUUGGCAUCAGCACUUGUCUUCAUGUACAACCCAGUAGCAACAGAUUCCCAGCUGUGUCUUCAGUCUGCUCCGAAGGGAAACCCGUCCUACUUUGUUCACAAUCCUCAUGCUCUUAUGCUGCAGGAUGUGAAGGCAGUGGUAACACACAGUAUCCACAGUACCCUAAACAGCAUGGGUGGGAUCCAGGUUUUGUUUCCCCUCUUUCAGCAGCUAGACUUGCCACAUGAUACCCCACCAGCCAUCAAUGAUUAUUAUAACACCAACAAAGAUCCUUCACUUGGUUCAACAUUAGUGGGAUUUAUUUGUGAGAUGGUUGAGAGCUGCAACACUGUCCAGCAACACAUGGUACAGAAUCGUGGCUUUCUAGUGAUCUCCCAUCUCUUACACCGCGCCUCCCGCCACCACGUGACCAUGGAGGUCCUCACUGCCUUCCUGAAGCUCACAAAGUUCCUUGUCACAUGUCCAAAUUCUAACUCUGAUUUACUUCUAAAACAGCUUCUGGACCACAUCCUCUUCAACCCAUCCCUGUGGAUUUAUUCCCCAGUGGCAGUUCAAAUGCGCUUGUAUACCUACUUGGCCACAGAGUUCCUCUCAGACACACAGAUCUAUGGCUCUGUGCGUAGAGUGUCAACAGUCUUGCAAACAAUGCACACACUGAAGUACUACUAUUGGGUUGUUAAUCCAAGAGACAAGAGUGGAAUAAAUCCCAAAGGCCUUGAUGGUCCUCGGCCAAGUGAAAAAGAUGUUGUGAGCCUGCGUGCAUACAUGCUGCUGUUCCUAAAGCAGCUGAUUAUGAUUGGAAAUGGUGUGAAGGAAGAUGAGUUGCAAGCGAUUCUCAACUUUCUCUCAACAAUGCAUGAGGAUGAAAACCUCCAUGAUGUUCUCCAGAUGCUCAUGUCCCUCAUGUCAGAACACCCAUCUUCCAUGGUUCCAGCCUUUGAUGCUAAGCAUGGAGUUCGUACAGUCUUCAAACUCCUUGCUUCAGAGAGUCAGUUGAUCCGGCUUCAAGCACUCAAGCUGCUUGGCUACUUCCUCUCCAGAUCCACUCACAAGCGCAAGUACGAUGUCAUGAACCCCCACAACCUGUACACACUUCUUGCCGAGAGACUACUGGUGCAUGAGGAAACGCUCACCUUACCAACCUACAAUUGUCUUUAUGAGAUUCUAACUGAGCACAUCAGUCAGCAAGUCAUGUAUUGCAAACAUCCAGAACCAGAAUCACACUACCGUCUAGAAAACCCAAUGAUCCUGAAAGUUUGUGCAACUCUGAUUCGCCAAAGCAAACCCUCUGAUUCAUUAAUGGAGGUGAAGAAGCUGUUCUUGUCGGAUAUGACACUACUCUGUAAUAACAAUAGAGACAACAGGAGAACAGUCUUGCAGAUGUCAGUAUGGCAGGAAUGGCUCAUUGCACUGGCAUACAUCCACCCAAGAACAACAGAGGAACAAAAGAUCAGUGACAUGGUCUACUCUCUGUUCCGAAUGCUGCUCCAUCAUGCCAUCAAAUUUGAAUAUGGAGGCUGGAGAGUUUGGGUUGACACAUUGGCCAUUGUUCAUUCUAAGGUAUCAUAUGAAGAAUUCAAACUCCAGUUCGCUCAGAUGUAUGAGCAGUAUGAGAGGCAUCGGUCAGAUAACAUCACUGACCCAGCCAUCCGGCAACAGAGGCCAAUUUCUACCAUCUCUGGCUGGGAUCAGGCGGCAAGCAGACAGUACUAUGUAAACACAGAUGUGUACCCCAAUGGCAGUGGAUCAGAGAUUGUUGGAGAAAAAAUGCCUGCUGUUGAAAAUGGGAAAGUUUCCAGCACCCCUGAACCAGUUCAAGAACUUCCCAAAGACUUAGAAACUGACUUAGCAUUAAAGGAGAGAAGUCAGGGCAUCAAAAUAACAGAGGACAAAGAACAACUUCACCAGGAGCAUCUUCAGAAACCUUUAGAAGAAGUAGAGCCCAAAGAGGACAAGAGUCUAGGUUACAGUUUGGGUAGUGUUAGUGGAGGUAAUGCACUAAAGGCAGAAGACAAGGGUGAAGCUUCUCAUAGUGCCAUAGAACGGACUUUAGAGACCACCUCCUCAUCAGAUCUAAAACCUUUAGAAAGCAAUCCAACAACUGUGCAAAUCCAAGGAGAAGUUAGUAUAUCUGACCCAGAUGAUUUUAGGUGUAAUGAAAUGCUCAACACUAGCAGUGUAGAGGUAGAUACCCUGGAUAACAGACAUUUGGAUAAUAAGACCAUAGAGGAGUGUGGGGAGAAGAGUGAAAAGAAGGUAGCAGAAGAGGAAAAGGAUAAAACAACGAAAGAAAAGGAGGGCAUGAAAAUUGAAGAUGUUGCCAGAGAAGAUCCCGAUACACCAAAGAAAGGUGAAAGAAGCACAGCAGAUGAGGAGAGCAAGUCAGAUGAAGAAGAGAAGAAAGAUGAAGACAAACAAGAAGGAUCAGAUACAGAAAAUGUGGAAACCAAGACUACAGUCAUUCCAUCAGUGGAGAAGCCAGAUAAAGAAGAAACAGCUGACACCACAUCUGAUGAGAAGCCCAAAAGUAGUGAAGAAAGCAUUGCAGUUGUAAAAGCAGAGGAGACACAAAGAGAAAAAACUCCUGAUACCUCUGAUGGAACUGAGGCAGUAGAAACAAAGGAAAAAGUUGAGGAUGAACAAAAAGAAAAACCUAGAGAAGAAGAGAAAGAAGGAACAAAGGAGGAAACUGACAAAGUGAAAGAAAAUGAAGAAGGAGGAAGUGCUGAAGAGAAUGAAAGUUCAGAAAUUCCUGAAGUAGCACUUCCAGCACCUCAGCAACCGAUGAUUGCAACUAUCUCAGGAAGCUUACAUGAGAAGGAUAAAUGUGAGAAAGAGAGGGGAGUGAAGGAAACUGAUGAGGAAGGCGAAGUUCAAGUGGUUGAUGUUAUUGGCAAAAGUUCAGAAGCAAAGGAGGAAACUGAAGAAAAGGAUUCAAAUCAGGCUCCUGUAAAUGAUGUUCAGGAAGUCCCAUCAGUGGAUAGUACUGAGCAGACGAAUGCUGAAGAAAAAACAAAGGAAACACUGAGUGACAACAAAAGCAUAGCCCCAGAAGCAAAGGCCUCUGAAAGACAAAAUGAUACUAUAGAGGGACAGCCGCCUUUAGUUAGUAAUAAAGAUACUGAUGUAGAAGAAACACCAGUGUCAGAUGUUCCACCAGACACAUCAAAAAUAGAAAUAUCUGCCUCUGAAGGUUUAUUAACCCUACCUUCUAAAGCCUGUGAUAAUGUACAAACCACUGCUAAUUCUGCCUCUUCCCCUGCAGCUUCUAGUCCUGUUAGUAGUGCUGUUACAACUCCCAAAAAAGACUUGUUGACUCAAAGUACCAGUCAGACUUUAGCUGAAGACAAACAAGAGCAGACCAAGAUUGAAGUACAAUUGACAAAUAAAGAAGUACAAGAUUCCACUGUGGAAGAUUUGCAAUCAAGCAUGGAAGAGGUUCUCUGUUCCCCAAGUAAAGAUGGUAAUUGUGAACCUGCAUCAUCAGAUAUAGAGGUUCAGGAUUCACCCGUUACAAUGGUUCAUAGUUCCUCAUGUACAGAGACUGAAGGUACUCCCAAGAAGGACAUGUCAUUUCUACCAGGCACAAACAAAAGCACAGAAAAAAAGGGACAACUCGAUCAUACCACUGAAAGAACCUAUUCAGAGACUGUGGAAGGGGUGCCCAAUGCUCUUGUUUCUGAAGAGCAACCAUCCCAAGAGGCUACUCCAGCUUCAAGUUCCAGACACAGGCCCAGGGACAAAGAAUCCCAGACAGAGGAAACAGGAGAUGAUGAUAUAGAUAGAUUAGAGGCAGAAGAUAUCCUUCAGGUACAGGUUGAAUCUGGUGAAAAUGUACAUCCUCCUGUAGAGGAUGACAAGGAGGUGGAAGCUAAGAUGGUGGAAGAAAACUCUCUUGUAAAAAGCAGUGAAGUGGAAAGAUUAUCAAAAGACCAAGUUGAUCUUGGUUUGAAAAGACAUGGAAUUUCAUUGACAAGUCAAGCAAAUGCAGAAAAGGAAAAAGACAGACAGAGUGAAUCAGAGCGCAAGUCAGCAUCAGUCUCCCGAAGUUCCUCUAUUGGUUCUUCACAGUCCCAUUCUCGCCAGAUAUUCUCCUCAGGACCUACACGGCCGCCUUUCAGAAUCCCAGAGUUCAGGUGGUCAUACAUUCACCAGAGACUUUUAUCAGAUGUGUUAUUCUCCUUAGAAACUGAUAUGCAAGUGUGGAGAAGCCACUCCACAAAGAGUGUACUGGACUUUGUAAACAACAGUGAAAAUGCCAUCUUUGUGGUUAACACAGUUCACCUCAUAUCUCAGCUGGCAGACAAUCUCAUUAUUGCUUGUGGUGGCCUAUUGCCAUUAUUAGCAUCGGCUACCUCACCUAAUAAUGAGUUAGAUGUGCUGGAGCCAACACAAGGGAUGGGAGUAGAAGUGGCUGUUUCUUUUUUGCAUCGAUUAGUGAACAUGGCAGAUGUCCUUGUGUUUGCUUCAUCACUCAACUUCUCAGAAUUGGAAGCAGAGAAAAACAUGUCAAGUGGAGGCAUUCUCAGACAGUGUUUACGACUGGUUUGCACAGUUGCUGUAAGAAAUUGUCUGGAGUGUCGCGAAAGGACACGCCUUCAGGAUGCUAAUGGGGCAAGUGGCAAUGGCAUCAAACCUGUUAGUAAAUCAAGACACAUUCACUCUCUAAUAAGGGGAGCUCAGGCAUCUCCGAAGAACAUAGUUGAGAACCUGGGUACACAGAACAGUCCAGUUAGAGACCCAGAGAAACUUCUCCAGGAUAUGGAUGUCAACAGACUCAGGGCUGUUAUAUAUCGUGAUGUGGAGGAAACCAAGCAAGCACAGUUCCUGUCAUUAGCAAUUGUUUAUUUUAUCUCGGUGCUGAUGGUGUCAAAGUAUAGGGACAUCCUGGAACCUCCCACCAAUGCCCCCUCCUCUCCUCCCCCACCUCCCCAGACAGCUCACACCAAUGGGGCAUUCACACAACACCAUUUCUCAGGUACUGAGCGCACAGGAGAAGUUGACGAGGAUGGUGAAUAUGAGGUUAUUGUUGUAGAUCAACAUAAUUCCUCCAUUCUGGCAUCAGACCCCUGUUCCACUGCCUCCUCAGGACCUCCAUCUCUUAAGGGCUCUGAAGUUGGUGAAGCCGGAAGUGAUGUUGGAUCAGCAGCUGUCAGCCUUAAUGAGGAACAGAAUGCACAGCCUACUGAUGAUGCUUGGACUGAUGUCAACCUCAAUGAUGGAACACCUGAAGAAGUUGAAACCAAAUCCCAGAAAUCUGUAUAUGGUGUAGGAGAGACAAGUGAGGUGACACAGCAGCAGCAGCUUUCUACACAACAGCAAGUAGUACCACCGCAGAUGCCGCCACCUCAGUCUCUAUCACAGCAAGACCCACAGCAGCAACUCUCUGGCCAGAUUUCAGUGCUCUCAUCUCCGUCCAACAUGCCUGAUCCAGUGACAUCCUCGGUGAAGCACCAUCGACCAGAAGACCUCAACAUCAAGCCUUUCCUUCACUCAGACUUACCCAUCCCGACCCCAUCACGUGAAGCCUCCCUCACCCAGAAGUUGGAGAUGGCUUUAGGGUCGGUGUCUCCUCUUUUAAGGGAGAUCAUGGUGGACUUUGCCCCGUUUCUAUCCAAGACGCUGGUGGGCUCCCAUGGACAAGAGCUCCUCAUGGAAGGUAAAGGACUGAUGACAUUCAAGCACAGCCAGAGUGUAGUGGAGUUGGUGAUGUUGCUGUGUUCACAAGAGUGGCAAAAUUCACUUCAGAAACAUGCAGGUCUUGCUUUUAUUGAACUGAUUAAUGAGGGAAGACUUCUUUCACACGCCAUGAAGGACCACAUAGUGCGUGUUGCCAACGAAGCUGAGUUUAUUCUCAACAGAAUGCGAGCAGAUGAUGUGCUCAAGCAUGCUGACUUUGAGUCUUUAUGUGCUACAACGGUACUGGAAAGACGGGAAGAGGAGAAAAUGUGUGAUCAUCUUAUCACAGCUGCAAGGAGAAGAGAUAACGUUGUCGCUGCACGUAUUCUCGACAAGAUAACCAAUAUUCUAUCCAAUAAACAUGGUGCAUGGGGUAGUGCACAUCAUGCCUUGAACAAAAGUGCUCCUCCCCAGUUCUGGAAAUUAGAUUCCUGGGAAGAUGAUUCUCGUAGGAGAAAACGCUUUGUGCCAAACCCUCUUGGGUCUUCCCACCCAGAAGCGACUCUGAAGGCUGCCAUUGAACAUGGAGCACCCGAAGAUGCCAUUUUGCAGGCAAGAGAAGAAUUCCACGCUCAACUUGCAGCACAGAGACGAUCCUUGCAGCAGCCUCUGCAGUCUCCUGACCUCUUGGAUGACUCAGAGCUUACCACUGAUGAUCGUGACCUUGAUGCUGAUGUUACCGGCAUGGUGAACAUGAGUACUCGUGCAAAAUUGGUUGCGCCAGGACUAGUAGUGCCAGGAACCGUCUCGAUCACAGCGGCUGAAUUGUACUUCGAAGUCGACGAGGAGGACCCCGAAUUUAGGAAAGCCGAUCCAGAGGUGAGUACAGAAUGA